CGUUUCGGCACCGAUCAGGCUGAUUUUAGAUUGAGUGGCGAGUAGGUGUAAAGAGAUUUUUCUGGGACGCAGCCGCGUACGCGCGUAAAAGUGUGUAUGCAGCGUGAGUCGCGCGAAAAGAGAAAAGGUGCGAAAUAUGUUUCCUCGCGGUCAGUGCGGGAAACUCAGAGCAACCAAAAUGUUAAAGAAAUAAUCGUGUCGCGCAAGUGUCUCUCGCUGGUAGAGAAGACAGACCGUGUGCUUAAAGUUUCUUUCUCUCUCUUCCUCUUUCCAACCCCCUUCCCUCUCCUUCUUCUCUUUGUGUCCUUCUCCCCUCCCGCCGGCGCUCCUCUCUGGGUCCGUUCGUCGCACCGGGACGACGUUUACCGUGCGUCACGGGAAACGGCAUUGGGAGGAGACAGAAGGUGACAGCCCUCCCGCGGAAUUUAUGGUGCGCACGGGAGAAACGGUGAAGUGAGUGGUGUUAGAGUGAAGUGAGUGUAACGGCACCAAGUGCUAGACCGGUGAAAAAUUUAGGGGGCUCCCCAUCAUUCCGGCCAAUAUAGGUGGAAAGAGGGAAAAAAUGCCGGGCCUAAUCGCCGUAAGCGAGUUCGUCGAGGAGACGAGGGAGGAUUAUAAUUCGCCUACUACGUCCACCUUCGUCUCGCGAAUGCCACAAUGCAGACAGACAAUUACAUCCCUCGAAGAGACGCUGGACUUCGACAGAGAUGGCCUGACGAAGCUGAAGAAAGCGAUCAAAGCCAUUCACAAUUCCGGAAAUGCCCAUGUCGAUAACGAGGUGUACCUUGGAAGGGCCCUGGAAAGGCUUGGAGAUGCUGCUUUGAAGGAACAGGAACCGGAUAUCGGUGCUGCUUUCCUGAAGUUUGCGGUUGUCACGAAGGAACUGAGUGCUCUGAUGAAGACUCUGAUGCAAAACAUCAACAACAUCGUGAUGUUCCCCCUGGACUCGGUGUUAAAGGGGGAUUUGCGAGGUGUGAAAGGCGACUUGAAAAGGCCGUUCGAAAAGGCGUGGAAAGAUUACGAGGCUAAAUACGCGAAAAUUGAGAAGGAAAAGAAGCAACACGCAAAAGAGGCUGGCCUCAUUCGGACGGAAGUGACGCCGGCCGAGAUCGCAGACGAGAUGGAGAAGGAAAGAAGAUUGUUUCAAUUGCAAAUGUGCGAGUACCUUAUAAAAGUGAACGAGAUUAAGACAAAGAAAGGAAUUGAACUGCUUCAGCAUCUAGUCGAGUAUUACCAUGCACAAACCAAUUACUUUCAAGACGGCCUAAAAACCAUUGAACAUUUUGGAUCGUACGUGACAGAUCUUAGUGUGAAAUUACAAAAGAUCAGACAAACCCAAGAUGAGGAAAGGAGACGGCUAACAGAACUCAGGAACCUCCUUAGAAGCUCAGGUUGCGACAAAGAGCUAAAUGUAAACGCAAAUGUUGGGUACUCGCUUCACCAACUGCAAGGGGAUAAGCAACACGGUGUUACUAGAUCUGGACAUCUUCUGAAAAAAAGCGAGGGAAAAAUGAGGAGAGUCUGGCAAAAGAGACGGUGUGCAGUUCAAGCUGAAGGUUAUCUGGAUAUCUGUCACGCGGACGAAAAUAAACCACCAACGAGAGUGAAUUUAUUAACCUGUCAAAUUAAGCUAGUGCCGGAUGACAAACGGGGUUUCGAUCUCAUUAGUUACAAUAGAACGUAUCACUUUCAAGCGGAAGACGAAGCAGAUCAGCGAGCGUGGAUGUCUGUUUUGGUAAACUGCAAGGAACGUGCUUUGCUUCGAGCAUUUGAUGCCAGCGGCAAAGCAGAAGCUGGCACAGGCAAUCCAAGUUUAGUCGAACUUCAACAAGCUGUAAUACGAUGUGUCAUGAGGUUACCUGGAAACGAUCAAUGCUGCGAUUGCUCUUCGCAAAAUGAUGCUACAUGGCUCUCUACAAAUUUUGGCAUAAUCGUGUGCAUAGAGUGCAGUGGAAUUCAUCGAGAUUUAGGAGUACACAUAUCCAGAAUACAGUCCUUAACACUAGAUAAUGUGGGCACUGCUCAGUUGCUUCUUGCACGGCAUAUGACUAAUCAAGCGUUUAACGAAGUGAUGGAAGCUACAUUGCAUCACAAUCACAAACCAACACCGACUUCGACGAUGGAAGAAAGAUACGAAUUUAUAAGAGCUAAAUACGUGGAUAAAAGAUACGUGAUGAACACUUGCGCAGAUGAACGGGAUCUUCUUUCUGAUUUAGAACAUGCCGUUAAUAAUCGUGAUCUGCAACAACUUCUACAAGUUUAUGCUGAAAGUGUAGACUUAGCAGCACCCUUGCCUACAUCGGAUGUGGGCGAAACAGCUUUGCAUUUAGCAAUUUUACGCGAGAUGGGAAACAGUUUGCAUAUUAUAGAUUUCCUGGUACAGAAUAUGUCAACGGGUGGUAUAGAUAGGACUACCAUUGACGGUGAAACGGCAUUACAUCUUUGUGCAAGGCAUGAUAGAGCAGAGGCAAUGAAACUAUUAUUACGAGCAGGCGCUGACCCAACACAUCGGAAUAAGCAGGAUAAAACUCCGCUAGAUAUUGCACAGGAAAUGGGACACCAUACUUGUAAAGAACUGUUAAGUCAUGCCCUACAAAGACAAAAGACAUUGUUCGAUAAUGUUAAUAUUGAUUGGAAUCUCUCACAUGACGAAGGAUCUACCGAUUUUUCUGAUGAUGAAACCAUAAUAGAAGAUAGGAAUGGCUGUUUAACACCUGAGAAGAAAUCUCGUAGUAGGCCACCAUCUUAUGUGGGUGGUGGUAGUAGCGGUGGUGGUACCGGGUCAGGAGAUUCACCAGUGACUUUACGUAGUCGAAGUAGUACUUGUGACAGCCUGCAAAGUGGCUCUUCUCCAAGUUCCUCAACAAAUAGGCAGCAAAUGCCUCCACCACCACCGCCUCAAUCAAGAAAACCUGUUGCUGUACCUGCUCCCAUGGCGCCAGAUAUUUCGGUCAAUAUCCACGGAUCAUUGAAGAAGCGCGUAGCACCACCACCACCACCGGCUGGAAGUACAGGUGGUAUACCUUCCUCUCAUUACGGUACACUACCUUCGUCCGCGUCCUUAGCAGCGUCAACGCAUAGCCGUACAACGAGCGAACCGAUCUUAGCUGGGCAUUCUUUACAUACUCUACCACAUGCGUUAAAUACAUUAAACAGUCAACACCAUAAAAGAUCGCCCAGUGGAGAUUCUUCAACGGGACACGGUGCGUUUGAAAAUUCACGCAAACUGCUCUACGAACUGCCGUUUAGUUCGGGUACGGACAAAGUAAAUAGCUCGACUCUCCAGAGACCAAGGAAUCCCCCGCCUCCAGCUCCAUCUGGUAUCAAUUCUUCGAGAUUGAGCAAUGGACGUAGCAGCGAGUCGUUAAGUUCUAUGUGUUCGGAUCAUGGUUUGGGUAAUCCGGUACCGCCUCCGCGCAAGCGAAGGGACCGGGCCAGGCUAGAGAGCUACGCCGAGGAGCCUUCAUCUUUGCUCCCAAAUCUGAAUCUGCCAACUUCGUCGACCCUCAGCGGUCUACGACGGUGUCGAGCCUUGUACGAUUGCGAAGCGGACAACGAGGACGAAUUAUCGUUUAGAGAAGGCGAGGUGAUCAUCGUGACAAACGAACAGACUGAUGACGACAACUGGAUGGAGGGUGCCCUCGAACGAGCACCUGAAAGGAGGGGAAUGUUCCCAAUCAGUUUCGUGCACAUGCUGCAAGAUUAACAUUCGGUAAGCUUGAACUCGUUGGCAAGUGUCUCCAGUACUGCCAGCUCCGUGAGCAUCGCUAGUCUUGGCAGAAAGUCUUGGAUGAGGAAAUCAAAGGAUUGAAAAUGUAGAAGCGUUUGUUUUACAAUCCUUAAAAAGUCGUGAAUAUCGCAAGUCCCUUCUCAUGUUACCUUCUCUAUAUGUUUCAUCAAGACACUUAUAGGCCUUGAAAUUUUGUACAUGAGGCUUUGUUGUUCUCCGUAGUUCGAACCGAACAUGCGCAAUAAAUUCAUUUGAUUUGUUGCACAUAAGCACGUAAUGAAGAAGGUUCAUUAUCCUAAAUGCAUUUCUAUGCGAGCUAGGCACAGACGUCCCCGUAUGUGCACUAUCGACACAAAUAAUAGUAAUAAUAUUAACAAUACUUCACUCAAAUGUAGAAACGUGCACAGAAAGA